AUGCAGUCACGUGGUAAAAGAUUAGUAAGCGCCGCUUUACAAAAUCUAAAGCUUAGAUCUGAUAUUGAAGAUCAGAUUCCGUCCACUAGUGGUCUACAAAACUGGUCGCCACAAAUUCUAGUAUCAGAAUCAGAUUUUGAUUCAGACGAUUCAGUAGCCGAUAAAGAUUAUAAGCCACCAAAAAACCACAAAACGUACAUUAUUGCCGCUCAAUGCUCAAAACAAUCAGUGGUUAAAAACUUAAAUAUGAGAGGUCAUAAUGAAAACUAUGAACGACGUGAAGCCAAUAUUUUAUUGGAUGAUUCUAGCUCCGAAUCAGACGUCAUUCCAUGUUCUCAACCGUGUUUGGAAAAAACGAUUCCAGAAUCUUCAGAUGAAUCUACAAAAGAUGAACUUACAAAAAAAGGGACAGUAAGAAAGCGCAAAAGAUAUGAUGUUAAUCUUAAAGAACGAAAGAAAAUUAAAAGAGAAGAAACAAUAUAUACCAAAUAUUUUGUGAAACCCGGAUGCCAAGAGAACAUUUGUAAAAAAAAAUGUUCAACGAAAUUCUCAGAGGAUUACCGCAAAAUUAUUAAACGUAAUUUCUUGAAAAUGUCUCGGUCGGAACAAAAACACUUUUUUUUUAGCUAA